AUGGACAUCGACUUACUCCAGUCUCUCUUUGAUAAUCACGGCGUUCAAGGUUUACUGGAUUCCGGUCUGUCGCUGGAAGAGGUCCUAGCCUACGCAACCCUUGCCGACCAUGCACCGUCCAUACGUGAUUGUCUCAACGCUGGAGCCAAAAUCACGUACGAAAUCAUGGAAAAUGCGCAUAUAGGGGGUGGAUAUGAGACUUACCAACUCCUUGUUCCCGCAGGGCUGGAUGUUAAUCAUUUUGGACAUCCAGGGGGACCGUUGACGGAAGCAGUCAUGGCUGGCGACGUGGCUUGGAUCACAUUCCUUCUUCAAUCUGGCGCGAACCCGGAUGUUGGACCCCUCGCUGGAUCGGAUGCUCUAGAAAUCGCGAUCAAGGAAAAGCUUCCUUUGACAGCUGGGGGCAAGCCCCCAAACCCCCAGGCCUCGCUGCGCUCGAGGGAUCCGGAAACUACUAAAUCCUUUACUCUGAUUAGCUAG